UCAAGUUUUCAGUUGAGUGUAAUUUUAGGUUGAAAAACAAAGGAUUUAUCACGAGAAAUUCCUUUUAUGCUAAUUUUAAGAGCAAAUAAACUGCUAGGCCAAGUUGAACUGAAAUCAGAGAAUUAUAAAGGAAACCGUUUUAUACGACGAAACAAAAGCGAGAUUGCACGUUGUUUGCAUGGAGAUGCUACAUGUUUUAGCUUCGCUUUACUGAGCCAAGAUUUCUCGUCCGAGAUCUAAUUUUGACACAUCAAAGAAAUCAAACAAAUUUCCAGCCUGAUGAAAAAUCAUUGUUUGUUCAUUGCGCUGCCGCUGCUAAAAAGUACGUAAUAUGCAGACUCAACCUACAUAUAAUGCAAUUAUCUAGGUGAAGUGAUCGCCAGAUCUUUCUACAAAUUUGGAAUCGGUCGAAGAGCAUGUGCCCUUCAAAGAAAGCGAAACAACGACAUCAUGAUCAGUCCGACUCCUCAUCGGAUUCUGAUCAGGAGCUCGAGACCUUUUCCUCAUCAAGUCCACAGCUUGAUAGUAACUCUGUAGCUUCUUCACAUGUGGACUCAACGGAGGAACAAACAAGAAGGAAUUCUGUCAUUCGCCAUCCUCCAGAACAAUUUUCGAAUCCGAAAGAUGACGAAACUGAAACGAUUUUUGACCGAGAAAAUCGAGUAAGAAAUUUAGAAGUUGAAAAGGAAGCCCUUCUUGGUGAUCUUGGUGAAAUGGUAUUCAAUCAACAAAGGAAAAAAAAGGAAGAAAGAAGCUCUGAAAUUUUCCAUCAAAUUUUUCCUUCCUCGUCGAAUGAGUUCAACCAUCGUCCAGGCAGUGGAAACUCAAGUAAAGACGGCGAUGGCUACCUGAAUGACCGUCAAAGUAGUCUUGAUGGCAGAAACGAAAUGAAUUGGAUGGUUUCUGCUGCACAUGAAGGAACAGGGACGGAUCCUGGGCAAAAUAAAAUGAUGCAAAUCGGGGGUAGCCAAAGAAAAGAGAAAGAAAGUGGAAAGAAAAGUAAAUCUGGACGAAACACUGAUGAUCCACUGCCAUCUUCGUCCAGAGAUGAAACAUAUGACGAAACCUUGGCUUCCCAAGGUUAUGCAGAUGUUUCUUUCCCGAUCCAGCAAGGCAAUGCCAAAAGAAAGGAGUUCAUAUCUCUUGCUUGCAAACCACAAUCAUCAGUGGCCAGGACGCUGUAUAACAACUACAAGCUUCUGUUGCGCAUUCUUUCUCAAAUGUUUCUAUCCCCAGAUGUCGAAGAGCUGAAGAACUGGGCAAGUGAGAAAUUCUCGAUCGAGAACGCGCAAAAUGCAACCGAAGUUUUCUCUAAACUCGAUGAAAAAGGCGCUAUCAAUGCUGAAGAUUUGAGCCAGCUUCGUGGAUUUUUCGAAUCAAUUAUCAGACUUGAUCUCGUGCAUAUUAUCGAUGAGUUCCUCUGUGGUGAUUACAGUUUGCUUCAAAAUCUUUCAAGAGGCCAAAUAUCUCCCUAUAACCGCGAUUCAUGCUCUAGAGGAUUCCUCAGCAGCACCCCACUUAGAAAUCGGGGAACAUUAGGAAAAGCACAAAACAACAACGAAGUGGUAUUUUCCCGAACUCCUAAUGAAAGUCAGUCCACUGCUCGUGUUCAACAAGACCUAAACCCUCCUGCAACAGGACACCCCUUUCAAGGAGUUACACCUUUAAUCAAGACAACAACUCAGACAACCAACAUCAAACGGUCAACCAGAACGAGCCAAUCAUCGACUGUUGGUGGCAACGCUCAGAAACAUUCUAAGCUCCAUCGCCCGAGGAUUGUUUCCAGUCCCUGUUCUCCCAGCACUUCUCGGAAUUUGCAAGCUCCAAACCAGGGGAGGAGGAGCUCAUGCGUUCAUUACAAGCGACAUUGCUUCGUGAAAUUUGAAUGCUGCGACCAGUUUUGGCCUUGCCAUCGUUGCCAUAACAACGAAAGCACUUGUGGGAGGAAGAACCUCAAAUCACAUGACGUGCAUAUGAUAAAGUGUCUUCAUUGCCACAAAAAGCAACAGUUCGGUGAAUUUUGCUGCCAAUGUGGGAAGAAAUUUUCCGAUUACUUUUGUGGUUUGUGUAAACACGUAACUGGCAACGAUAACGAUCCUUUUCACUGCGAGAAAUGUGGAAUUUGCAGAGUGGAAAAACAUCGUUUGGUCCACUGUGAUGGCUGUGGCGUGUGUCUGGACGUCCAAUUUUAUCGAAACCAUCGUUGCACGUCUUUGGAGGUGGCAUUUACUGGAUGCCAAACAAUUUUAUCGGGCCAUCAAGGGCCCACCAAAGAGUUUAUAACUCAGGGUUUAUAAGCCAUAAUAAAUGCAUGGAUGGAUUUUCAUUUGGUCCUGAGGUGCGCACGCCAAUAAUAAGGUCAUUCAGAAAACUGCGAUCACUCUGAAAUUGGCCAAGACUUAGGAUUUAAGAUUUAGACGAAAAGUGCAUGCACUACAAGAAAUCAGCCCUCCGUCUAUAUUCACGGAUAAUAACCAUUUGAUCUGAACUUCUGCAAACGCUGCCUUUUUAUAAGAUAAGGAUUAUUCCGAAAAGAUUUAUCGAUGGUCCAGGCGUCAGACUGAACAAAUCUAUAGUUUCAUUCUGUUUAAUUUCCUUGCAUGCCCGCCAUGAUGAUCUGAACAAUGAUUCUAUUCGGAAUAACCUUUAUUUAAUCUGCGAAAGUUAACAGCUGGGAAUGAUUUUUACCCUUUUCAUCGUAAGAUUUUCACUUCAAAGUUAUUAUCCGUGAAGUUAGCAUUAGUCAUUUGUUUCGACUUUCGAUGCAUCAGUGGACAGUUUUUGAUCGGAGAUGAAGAAUUUCUUCCUCGGUUGAACCGAGGCUAGAGAAUUCUGGAUUACGCCUCCCGGUUCACUAUCAGUGCAUGAAGGUCCAAAAUGCAUUUGAUUAUGCAUGCAUGAGUGAGUUUCAGAGAAUUCAAACUCUAAAUUAUUUUCGGUAUUUGUGUUCACCUCCCCUGAAAGUCCGUCCUUGUUUUGAUGUUAUAUUAGCUGAUUCAGAAAAUAAAUGUAGAUGCACUUAAAUAUUCACUUAAAAAAACAAUAUGCCGUUAAAUAUUUUCGGAUAACGGUAUAUUCUGCAAAGUUUUUCGCCUCUUAAUUCAUCGUAUUAAAGAUCUUCACUUCAAAGUAGUUUAUCCCCGCAACGUUGCCACACGAAUUUUGUUGAAAUGAUAUGAUGAUAUUAGAAACAAAUGUAAAAAUAAUAUUCUGUAGUAUCUAAGGAUAAAGUGAUUUGAAUUUCUGUAAACAUGAUCAUGACUAUAGUAUAGGUUUUGGUAUCUUAUAAUUAAUCAGUGUAGAAUUUUCACUUUAACGUUACAGGCAUACAGGGUAGGGGGAGUUGUUGGGACAAUUUCCCCAAAGAAAAAUUUUAUUUAGGUGUUAGCCUAGUUAGGCAAGUUUUUCUUGAAUUCUGUUAAAAAUUGGACAAUUUUGCUGAAAUCAGUAUCAAUAUAUAUCUGGCAAUUUGUACUGUAUGUGAUUAUUUGUACCGUUAAGUGAUUAUAUACUUAUCAGUUUUUUGUUUUUGAUUAUAUUUACCAAUCGUAGUUUAUUAUAUAAUAUGUGGGUCUAGCAUAGGAUAUAUAUUUACU